AGACUGAACUUGUAUUCAAACAGAUUAACUGAAACUUGCCAGCAACAUAUUAUAGUUGCUUACAUUUCUUUUGAAUUAAAAAUGGGUAACCGUAUUUUGCUUUUUUUCUGCAUUUGUUUUGCAGUACUAGCAACAAUUUUUGCACAACGUGAUGUUAUUGGUCGGAUACAAAGUAUUAAUUUAGAACAAGUGAUUGACAAUGAUCGUUUGUUCAACAACUUUUACAAAUGCCUGGCGGACGAAGGACGAUGCUCCAAAGAUGCAAAUUCCAUUAAAGGUUUGAUCACGGAAGUUGUAAAAACGAAAUGUUCACAAUGUACGGAUGUCGAAAGAACGCAAAUCAAAAAGAGUUUAGAUUUGGUAAGAAAGAAGAAACCAGAACAAUUCAAUAGCUUAGCAGCUAAAUACGAUCCCCAAGGAGUAUGGAAAGAUCUGGUCAAAUAAUAAAUGUACACUAUAAUCAUCAUCAUCAUCAGAAUCUGAUUAUAAGUUUUAACAUAUAAUUGAGUACAUAACCACUAUUUUUCUGUGUUAUUUUGUUGUUUACUACAUAAAUUACUUCUGUUAAUAAAAAUCUACAGAAAAUAUAUUUUUUUAUGUA